AUGAAAAGACUGAGUUGCUAUUUGAUAACAAUUUGUAUUAGAGCUCUAAUUGCGGCAAGUUUACCUAUCUUUUUGUAUUUUAGCUCUUAUACUCCAGCAAAAAUUAAAUCUUCUGUUGGAGCAUUUAUUGAUACUUAUGAGCCUAAUACUCAAAAAGAAAUAUCAAGAAUUUUCUUAAAUGAAAACUUUCAGCCACGUCAAUCAAAUUUUGGGGAUGAUAUAAUUAUAAUCAUUGAUGAAACAUAUAAUCUUAAACUGAGCUAUAAAAUACAAAAAUAUGCUUUAAAUGCUCAAAUCCCAAUUUUUUAUACUAAAAAUAGUUCAGCUAUAGCAGAUAAUAGUCCUUUUACAUACAUAGCCCACUCACCAUUAUCAUUAAUAAAUGAUGCUUAUGAUAAAUUGAUGCAUCACUUUGGCAUUCAAAAACUAGCAAUAGUAUGAGUAUACACAGAAGAAAAUGAAUUUUUGGUAAGAUUUUUUGAUAAUGAUCCUCAUUUUGAGGUAAACUCUAUUGUAAUUUCAGACAACUUAAAUCAAGACUUGAUUAAUCACAUUAUAUCAAGAGAACUAAAGCCUUCUGGGAUAGCCAAUAUCAUAGUUUUAGCUGACUCAGAAAAUUGUAAAAACAUCCAAAAAAGUUUAAUUGAUUAUAAUAUGGUCAAAUCUGGCUAUUUAAUUAUAUUAGGACACUCAUGCUUAAAUAAUGCAAUAAUUGAUGGAUCAAUAUCAAUUUUGCCUAAUAUAGACAUCUAUUCAUCUACUGAAGAAGAAUCAUACGUCAAUAAUUUAAUUUUGCUGCUAGAUAGUUUGGAAAAUAAAUAUGGAAAUCAGACAUUUACAAAAUUACAGUUUUGGCAUAGCUUUCAAGAAUUCAAAAAAUCCUUUGUAUGGGAUUUUACAAUAAUUAACAGAAAAAACAGCAAUUUUUAUAAUGUAGGAAAAAUUUCAAAUGGAAAAAUUGAAAUUAUUGGGAAUAUUCAGUAUCCAGGAGGAGCAGAAGAUCUCCCAGUGUCUUCAAGAAUAAAUAUUUUAAUAUCAGGAAACGUUGGAACUUUUAAUCCUCCAGGCUAUUUGGAGAGCGCUGUUAAUAAAUUAUAUCACGAAGGCACUCAUUUUGCAGUUCAGAAGAUCAAUACAUCAAAAGAAAUUUUGCAAAAUUUUUACUUAAAACUAAACGACCAAAUAAAUUGUGGAGCUAGCGUUUGAAUCAAUGAUUUUGCUAAUAAUUGCUACCUAGAAAAAAGAAGUGAAAUGGGCGUUGCAUAUUUAGCUUCCUAUCUUUCAUCAAUUUCUAUUGCAACCUUAAAUUUAUUUAAAGAAACAAAUUUUUCUAUACCUAUGGUUAGCGGUGCUAACUCGGCUCACAGUUUAUCAAAUUCUACAAUAUUCCCAGCUUUUACAAGGAUCUCCACAAGCUCAGACUAUAUGGGGAAAACAUGAGUCAUCUAUAUGAAAGUUAUGGGAUGGACAAGCUGUGUCCUCCUUUAUGCUGAUGACGCAUAUGAUGUAAGUGUCUAUCAAAAUUUUCUUCAGACUUCAGAAUCCCAAGGCAUAACAAUUCUUAAUAAAGAAGAAUUUAGAAAAAUCCCUUUUAUGUAUAAUACGUCGCAGUUAGAAAAUUAUAGAAAAAACUUUCAAGAAGCAAUAGAUCAAAAUUGCAAUAUUUUUUUUCUAUUUUGUGCUGAUCCGUCAUUUUUAUAUGUUUUCAAUAGCUUAUAUGAUAUGGGGAUUAGAAAAGGGGAUGCCUUAUUUUUAAUAAACGGCUUAACUGGCAGUGAUCUUUUGUAUGCGACUCCAGGAGUAAACACUGCUAAAACAGCACAACUUUUAAAUGGAAUUUUGUAUUUAUUUAUUCCAGAAUGGAUUGGGACGCUCGGAAAUAAGCUUAAAAUUGAAUUUGACCAAUUAUACCCACUUCAUGGGAAUAGAAUAAGAUGCGUUCAUUAUGACGCAGUUUGAGCGAUUGCAGAAGCAGUUCAAAUGCUAAUAAAUUCAGGAAAAAACUAUGAAGACUAUCAUGCAAUGAAUUCAGCUAUAAAAAACGUCCGUUUUCGAGGCUGCUCUGGAAGUGUUAUGAUUGAAAAUGGCUCAAAUGAUAGAAGACUUAAUAUUUAUAGUCUUUACAACUCAUAUUAUGACAAUUCUACAAAUAAAUGAAUAGCUAAUGAAGUUGGCCAUUUCUCACCAUACUCACUCCUCCCUCCUUUAAAUUGGAACAAAUUAUCGGUAAAAUUUCCCAUUUUUUUGUUAAAUUGACCCCUUUAAAUUGAAAAAAAAAUUCAAUUUUAUAAUAAAAAAUUUUUUAUUUAAAAAUCAUAGUUUUUAUAUAAAAAGUUUUUGAUAUAAGUUAAAUGUUUCUUCUUAAUUAAAUUAAAAAAUUUAGCUAUAUCUUGCUCAUUUUUAAAGAAGAGAGUAUAAAGAGAGCAACUUCUUUAAAUAAAUUUAUUAACUUUCAUUGCUAAAUUUUUAAAAAAAAUUUAAUUUUUUUUUAUAAUAUUUUAUUUAAAUAAAUUUGAUAUAAAUUGAAUGCGAAUUCUUUAACAAAUUAAAAAUUUUUGUGUAAAUAGUUUUGAUACCAAUUAAUAGUGGCGUAUUAACUUAUAAUGAAAAUUUAGUUAUAUCUUGCUUUUUUUUAAAGGAUAAAUAGUAAUUAGCAUUUUAUUAAACAAAUUUAUUAAUCUAAUCCGAUAAAUUUUUGAAUUUUUUGGGCUGAAUUUUUAUAUAAUUUUUUUUUUUAUGAAAAAUUUCAUUUUAAUUUUUUUUAAAUAAUUUUCUUUACCCCUUUAAAUUGGAACAAAGUUUUUUGUCACAAAUUUAAAGGAGGGGAGUCAGGAACUUUUUUUCAGCUUACUAAUCCUAUUGUAUGGCCAGGAAAUUCUGCUCCUUCUACUUUUAAACACUAUGACUGCCCUUACAAAAAUAAAAAGGUUCACAUUUCUAUUAAAAGUAAACUAAUUUCAAUGAGUAUUUGUCUCUGUACAGUGAUUUUUUGUAUUUUAUUUGUAUUUUUUAUUAUUAAAGUCAAGUUUUCUUAUGAAUUAGAAAAAAUCAGUGAGCAAAAAUAUUUUACAGAUCCUGACAAUUGAAUGAUGGCAAUUAUUUUUAUUGAAUCUUUACAAUUUCAAGGCAUAGGGCCAUCAUUUGAAGCCUUCAAUGCCCUUUAUUAUGAUAUAUGCUCAGUAAUGUCUUAUAAUUUAGAAUUUUUUUCGGGGUUUAAAGACGAAACGUUCUGAAGGUUUUUUUAUGGAACAAUAUUUUUUGGUUUAUUCUGAUUUGCGCUCCAAUUAAUAAUAGUAAUAAAAAUUGAAAAAAUUGGGUUAUAUUGGAUAUAUGAGACAGCCGUUAAAAUUGAAGAAAUUAUAGGUGCCUUGAUGGCUGGAAUAUUUUUUCAGCCGAUACUAUCAAUGCUAUUGAAAAUUACUCAAUGUGAUUAUGGGUCAGGAGAAGAUUUAACUGAUGCAUUUUUCAAUUAUGACUGCCAUUUUUCAUGUUGAGAUUCCCACUAUUUUUCAAUUAUGAUACCAACUGUCCUUAUUGCUUUUAUUUAUAUUGCAUUUUCUCUUAAAAUUCGACCUUUAUGGCAAGAAAAUCAGUUUGACUUGAACAUAAAAGAGGAUCCUGCCUGUAUGAUGAUAAAAGGUUUGGUUCAAACUAUUCUUAUUGCAAUAUAUGAAACUCUACAUAAAACAAACAAAAUUAUCCACUGCUCGAUUUUUUUAUUUAUUAUGAUUUUUUAUCUGAUUUUUAUAGCCUUUAGGAAAUGCUUUAAUUAUGACCGCGCUAAUUUAUUUCAAAUUUGUUUAACUGUAUGCGUUAUAUGGAACAGUAUUUUAAGUUUAGCUUAUAUCAUCAUAAAUACUGGCCAUUCCUAUAUAUGGCUUAUCGUCCAGUUUUUAGGAAUUUUUACUGUGAUUAUGUGCAGUGUUUGAGCAAUGAGAAGACUGCCACCGUCAAUUUUAAUUAAAAAAGAAGGCAAAAGCAUAUUAAAGCUAUUCCGUUUUUCAUUAAUGGGGAGUAACUUUUGAAGCCAAAGCUCAAGGUCAAUGAAUUUAGACCAGAGAUUUGUUAAUCUUUAUCUAAAUGAAGAGAACUCAAACAGAAUGCACUCAAUUGCCCCAAUGAAUAUUGUAGAUUCACCUAAAAUGCCGUAUAUUUCAGAUAAUAAAGGUGAGGAAAGCCCAGAAAAACAAGCGUGGAGUAUUUUCCCCAUAUUUUCAAUGCCUAGUGAAACAAAUAAAGCUUUAAAUUGUAGCAAAGAAUUUUGAAAAUAA